UUUUGUGUUAGUUCUGGGCCUGCCGGUCGCGUUCCAUUUAGCGUUUUCUUAGGCUACUUGCCAACAUGCGUGGCAUUACGAUACAAAUUACACACUACCGCGAAAAUUCAACCUAAUUUAGUUUAUCUUUAUUCUUCAACGGGCUUGAGAAACACUUUGAGUGUACAUUAGAAAAGAGAAGUCAAAAUAGGACGCGUGAUAAUGCGAAACUUUUCGGAAUGGGACGUGACCAGAAAAAAUAUUCGCCACUCUUAUUGGUAGGUUCAUCACAACACGGGAAAAGUGGCAAAAGCCGAUAAACAUUUGAGUAAUUAAUAAUCGAGAAAAAACCGGACAGUCACGGAAAAGGAAGCAUUGGAGCCAUAUCAUCUACCUGUUUUUAUUCUUGAUGGGGCAUCCUCCUCUGGAGUUCAGCGACUGCUACUCGGACAGUCCUGACUUCAGAGAGACACUCAAGUGCUAUGAAUUGGAGCUGGAGAGAACUCGGAAAUUCCUAAAGGAGCUAAUAAAGGAUGGAAACAGUGUGAUCAAUGCAAUAAAAGGUUAUUCUGUGGCUGUACAGAAGUUCUCCCAAACUCUCAGCGUGUUCCAGUUCGACAUCAUAGGCGAGUCCCUGACAGAUGACGAGAUUAACAUUGCUCAGUCCUUCCAAGAGUUUGCGGGACUCCUACAGGAAGUGGAGCAUGACAGGGUGAUGCUGGUUCAGAAUGCUUCAGAUCUACUCAUCAAACCUUUAGAGAAGUUCAGAAAGGAGCAAAUAGGAUUAACAAAAGAGAAGAGGAAGAAAUUUGAGAAGGAGAGUGAAAAAUAUUACUCCCAGCUGGACAAACACCUGAGUCUUUCUGCCAAGAAGAAGGAGAGUCAACUUCAAGAGGCUGAUGAAAUCUUGUAUAAGGAGCGAGUUAACUUCUAUGAGUCCUCCGUGGAAUAUGUGUACCAGAUACAUCAGGUCCAAGACAGGAAGAAGUUUGAUGUGGUGGAGCCAGUGCUGGCGUUUCUUCACAGUGUUUUAACCCUCAACAACCUGACAGUGGAGAUGACACAGGACUUCAUGCCCUACAAGCAGGAGCUUCAGCUCAGUCUGCAGAACACAAGGAACCACUAUGAGAGCACUCGUGAGGAAAUGGAGGACCUCAUGAAACGAAUGAAGCACUCGUCGCAGAUAUGCAAAAUGCCCAGUUGGCUUCCUGUGGAGGGUUAUCUGUACUGUCAGGAGAAGUGGGCUCUGGGUGUGAGCUGGGUGAAAUACUACUGCAAGUACCACAAAGAGGGGAGAAUGCUGGUCAUGGUCCCCUGUGAACAGAAACCCACCACUAAACAGGGUCCUACGCAGCUCACCUUGAAGUCUUGCAUCCGCCGGAAGACAGAGUCCAUAGACAAGCGCUUUUGUUUUGACGUGGAAGUUAAUGAGAGAAACACUCCAGUCACGUUCCAGGCUCUUUCGGAGGGAGACAGGAAGUUGUGGAUGGAGGCCAUGGAUGGAAAGGAGCCUAUCUAUCACUCCCCAAUUCAAAACCAGGCGGAAAUGGAAUUGAAUGAAAUUGGAUUCAAGUUUGUGCGGAAGUGCAUCAACUUCGUGGAAGAAAAGGGAGUGACACAAGAGGGCCUGUACAGAACAGUCGGCAGCAACAUCCAAGUGCAAAAGCUUCUAAAUGCAUUCUUUGAUCCUGCAAACUCAGCAAACGUGGAUCUGAAUAGUGGCGACUGGGACAUUAAAACCAUCGCCAGUGCCAUGAAGUUUUAUCUGAGGAGCCUUUGUGAACCUCUGAUGACCUACGAUCUGCACCGAGAUCUCAUGUUAGCUGCAAAGUCUGACAGUCUUGACUUUCGACUGAGUGAAAUCCAUUCCCUCACCUACAAGCUGCCUGAGAGAAAUCGAGAGAUGCUAGAGAUGCUCAUCAAACACUUGGUGGUCGUGUGCAGUCACAGCGAAGAAAACCUCAUGACUCCUUCAAACAUGGCCGUCAUCUACGGACCCACGCUGAUGAGAGCCAAGGAGGAGACGGUGGCCGCCAUGUUGGAUAUUAAAUUCCAAAAUAUUGUCGUGGAGAUCUUGAUCGAGGAAUACAACAAGAUUUUCAGUCAUAUGCCAGAGGACAGCAGCGCCCCACCCGUCCCUCCUCCACGCAUCACCCCGAGAAAGCGGCAGCCCAUCACCAUUUCCAAGCGGCCGCCUCGUCUUUAUCCACCUCUGAGUCACGAGCGCUUCCAGUCGCCGCUGCAGCAGCACACUGAAAAUGGCCAGAGUAACGACUAUGCGGUCGAAAGGGACGUAUCAGCGAGCCCUGUCCCCCUGCAGAGGACCAAAUCCCCAAACUACGCUCCGUUCGUCCCCAGAGAACCUCCUCGGAGACAAGCGCCAGUGCACAGAGCCACCAGACCAGGCGACUGUGAUGUCCCUAAAGUAGAAAGACCAGAGUCUUCUUCAGUGCCAAACGGGGAGUCUGGAUUCCCUACAUUCCAGAGCAGGAGACCUCCUCUUAAAGCGGAAUGUGAGGGUCCCAUCAAAACAAGGCCCACAGAGAAACCCCCCAUAUGUAGACCCCCGACAAGGCCUCCUGAGCCCCCAUCUAGGACACCCUCUUUUAAGAUCCAGAGCACUGCCAGCAGCGAUGGAGCCGCAGCGUCUUAUGUUGCCUCGAAAAUGAAAUUUUUUGAGAACGCCUCAAAGCCAGUUAGCAGUGAUCCAGUCUCACAGUCAGCAGCUACAAAUGUGAAAAAAGAGAAUUCAAGCUAGAAAAGGCACUGUGGCCUCAACACGGCAAGCUGCUCAAUGUGUGAAUAGUCGCACAUCAACUCGCUGAACAGGUUCCAUUUUGUGUGUGUGUGUUGUAAAAAGCAACACAAGCAGUGACUUUUGAAUGUUCAGGCACAUUUUUGUUUUUGAACAUUAUUCUAAAGUGAAAGGAGUUCCUUUUUGUUAUACAGUCUACGGUAAAAGUAUUGAUUGGUUACUUAGACGACUAACUUGUAAUUGUCUCAAAACACUUCGUAAUGUUCUUUAACCUGUUUGAUUAACAAUAGUUAAAGUGCACUUUUAUAUUAUCACCGUAAACACUGAUUUAAGAAAAAAAAUGGCCAAUAGAUUUUUGUCCAAAAUGAACCUGAAAAUGUCAGUACAGUAUUCAUAAGAUAAACGUGUUGCUCUUUUUGACACAAACUGGGAAUAUUUUAAAGUAUUUCCUGCCCUCCUAGGUCAACCUUUGAUCAAAUGUUUCUGUUUGCACUUCCAAAAAGGGUCACAUUUUAAGCUACUUUUGUUGUUGUUUUGUUCCAUAUUGAUUCUCCAUGUUUUCUUUUCCUUCAUCUUGAAAAUUGUGUUUGCUUCCUCAAGUUUUCACGAAGAAAACAAAUAAAUAUGAACAAUGUGAA